GUCCUGAAUUGUGAAUUGGACAUUGGUAAUUUUGGUAUGUAAAGCCAUUGGCACAGUGAGUGCAGGGAAGAUGGUGGAAAGAUUCUUCCACCUCCCUAAUCCAGAUAACAAUAGGAGAUUAGAUAACAAUAGGAGCUGCCGGGACCGCAGCGACUCUGUCAUUCUUCUUUCCGGCCCUCCUUCCUCGUACCGUCCAAUUUCUUAUUGUUUCUGUCCAAAGAUAUUACCUGUCUCACCCCUGUCUGCAACAUAGCUUGAGCUUCGAUCUCAAAUCUGACUUUAUUUUACGCAGAGGAAAAACCUCUUUGUUGUUCCAAUAUGCAUUGAACGCCGCCAUGGGGAGCGGCUCCGCCGUUGUGUUCAUUUCCAACCGUCAGAAGUUAGAAGCAAAACCCCCAUUUCUCUCUCAGGGCGUCGAACCUUCUUCCGAUAUUUUUCAGCGUAUUCACAUGAAGUAUAUAGAUAAUGAAGAAGGGAUUAAGAAAUACUUCGCUGCAUUUCAUGUUCACGAUGAAAUCCCUGUUUCAGUUAUUAUUGAUGAUUUUGCUGAUUUCUUUGAUGAUAGAAAUUGCCAACAAAGGUACAAUAACGCUAGAGGAAAGGACUUGGCAAUGGUUCGAACUUUGGCGGUGUGUCGAAAUGCCAUUGAUUCAGCCAAAGAAUCAGGACAGUGCCGACUUCUUCUCUCUGAUACUCAUCAUGGUGACAAUCCAAGGUUGCUUUACAUAUAUAAGAGAUGGGUCUCCUCCAUUUACACUAUUAGAGGGGGUGGAUUUGGGUCAUUUUUCCUUAGGAGGAGCUGCAAAUUUGGCGUUGACAAAUCAAGUGGAUCAAAAACAGCGAAAUAUUCAGUAUCUCUUCAGUACUUGCUGCUGGAAGGUAUUUCUGAAGAUGCAGAAGAAUGAAACUAUAAAAAAAGUUGCGUUGCUACAAAUUUAUUCGUGUAUUCUUGUAGACUGAGAUGCAAGAGUGCAAGACAAUCAUAGUUUUGUCAUCUAAUACUUUUUGACAUGUGUACAACUUAAAAUCAUGUUUUAAAAUACCUCAUUCUAUGAUCAUGUUUGUCGUACUCUCUUAUAGGCCUUGUGGCCAUUUAGUUCUUUUUCUUUCAAAAAUAUAAUAUAGGGUGUUUUAGCUCAUUGGAGCUGAUUCUAAUGUUUCAACUUUCAAGUAUAAAGAUGUGUAUUUAAGGUAUAUAUGUCAA